CCGAAAGGCCUUGUGGGGGUUGGUGCUAACCCGGCUUCCCGACGCUCGUGGAAUCUUCUGGAGCCGUUUUCUCCACUCAGCAAGCCCGAGAUGCGGAAGUCUCCGGCUGGUGGGGCAUGGCUCAGGAGCAGUGCAAGUCCUAGGGUUCCCAAACCUGUGGGGUGGCCGCCUCCGCCCGCGAGGGCGGGAAGGACUCGGGUACAGUGAUCCAGCGGGAGCUGUGUGUGAACGGGGAAAGCUCUUGGAACAGUCUUGCCCCCCGCUCACCCUCCUAUGGGCGCCUCUUUCUGGGAACCCGCUGAGCGAGAAAUGCUUGAGCCAGCCUUGAUGUGUUGCCCAGGCUGGACUCGAACUCCUAGGCUCAAGUGAUUCUCCUGCCUCAGCCUCUUCAGUACUUGGGACUACAGACACCUGCCAUUGCAUCUGGAAUCAUUGUUCUAUUUUAAACUUACAUUUUUUAUUCCAUCUAGAAGUUAUUUUGCUGUAAGGACUGAGGAUUAUUUAAAAGGAGUCGGAGCGGCGGUGGCGGGUCAUGCGGGACGCGGAUGCAGACGCAGGCGGAAGCACCAACUGCGGGGAUAGCCAGGGUGACCACAGCUGUCUUGGUGGCGCGGACACAGCGGCAGCUCCAGCCGGCGGAGCUCCCCCACCUCACGCCUCAGGUCCUGGCAGAGACGCCACGUCUGUGGCCAGGGGGCCAGGAAUGCGGCCACACGUAUUCACCCUCAGCGUGCCUUUCCCGACCCCCUUAGAGGCGGAAAUUGCCCUUGGGUCCCUGGCUCCAGAUGCUGAGCCCCACCAAAGGGUGGUUGGGAAGAAUCUCGCAGUGAGCGGCAGGAUCUUGGCCGUCCGCUGGGAAGCUGAAGACUGUCGCCUGCUCCGAAUUUCCGUUAUCAACUUUCUCGACCAUCUUUCUCUGGUGGUGCAGACCGUGCAGCACUUUGGGCCCCCCAUUUCCCGCUAAGCCUGGUCUGGCAAAAUGGGGCGUGGUCUAACCUUGCGUCUCCUCCUAGGCAGUGCAUCCAUUCUUCCCUAGGGCAGGGAAUUCCCAUAGUUGCUACUUUCCUGGAAGGGCCUCAUGGUCGGCCUGUACUGGCCUUAGGAUACUCAGGGGCCCCUUGUUUUAUCUGGUUCUUAAAUGUUUGUUACCACAGAAAAUAAAACUGAGCUACUAUUA